AUGUCUUUAAUAAACAAGCCUGCUCCAACAGACCUAACUUUGAAAAAUCAAGACGGUGAAGAUGUUUGUCUUGGUGAUUUCGUUGGUAAAAAGCCUACAAUUAUAUUUUUUUACCCUAAAGACGAAACAUAUGGAUGUACUAAAGAGUUUAUUAUUCUUAGCAUAAGCUUGGCGAAACCAAUUUUAUCUCUGCCUAAACCGACAUAUCUACACAGUAUCAAUAUAAUGUCGGCCUGCUCUUUUCGUGACUCUCAUUCUGUUUUCUCUGAAGCUGGUGCAAUUGUGGUUGGUAUUUCUGCCGAUUCACCCGAAAGCCAUAAAAGAUUUGCAGAAAACCAAAAUUUACCAUACCAAUUAUUAUCUGAUCCAAAUGGCGAAGCAAAAAAAGCUUUUGGUGUUUCAGAUACCUUUGGUUUCUUACCUGGUCGUGUAACUUACCUCAUCAAUAGGGAGGGUAUCGUUCAGGAUGUCUUUAGUUCUCAACUUGAUUUCAAGGGUCAUGCUAAAAAGGCCGUGGAAUUCAUUAAAUCUCAUGCAUGA